ACGUCUACAAUACCGGGGUUAGUAAAAAAUGGCUUCUCCCAGCGAGAACUGUCAUCGUAAGGUGAAUCGAAUGAAGAACGAGUUAUGAAAAAGGCUAUGAAUACGCCAGAACGCUGGUCCACUGCCUCUUCGGACAGUGAUCUGUCCUCGAUAUUCGGCUCAGAAGGAAGAUGGGAAGGAUUGAGAGCUAAAGACGUUCUUGACUUGUUACAGCAAAGAAUAGCAUUUUUCUACGGUGGUCGCGAUCGAAGAGGAGGACCUAUUAUAACAUUUCCGGCGCGUUCUAGGGCAGCAGAAAUCGAACCUUGUUCUUUGGCUCGAGUUCUCACAUAUCUCGCCAGUUUACCGAGUGAUCAUGAAAGGGAACUUGGUUUCAGUCUUGUGCUGGACAUGCGAGGAUCUACAUGGCCUUCUGUUAAGCCUAUGCUAAAAGCUUUACAGGAGUGUUUUAUUGCUAAGAUUCAUACUGUUUACCUUCUGAAACCUGACGGAUUUUGGGAACGAAGCAGAGUGUCAUUUGGAAGUUCAAAAUUGUUAUUUGAGACUGCCCUCACAUCUCUGGAUGGUCUCGCAAAAUUUAUCGACAUUGAUCAGCUAACUUUAGAUCUGGGAGGUACCUUUAAGUAUGAUCAUUCCAAGUGGAUCAACAUGCGAAUGGCACUGGAAAAAUUUCUGUAUGAGGCCUCAUCGUUAUUAGCCAAGUUAGAAGAAAUUCAAGAUGGCUUAGACAAGGAAGAUUUUUCUGAUACUCUUGAGGGUCUCAAAGAUCAAAUUAAACAUAAUCAACAUGUGAAAAAAUGGAUUAUCAAAGCACCUGUGGAAUUAUUGCAAGAGGAGGGGGAAAAAAUUCGCAAUACUAUAAAAAAUCCAAGCUAUGAAGACUCUGAAGAUAGUUUAACGGAGGAUGAUGUGAAGAAAGCAGAGCUACAGAUACAGGAAUUAGUGGAAGGCUUGCAUACCAAGAGGCAAAAGUUGAGGGAAUUAUGGAACUUGCGGAAGAUGAGACUGGAUCAGUGUUUCCAGUACCGUGUUUUCCAACAAGAUGCUGAGAAGAUGCUGGUAUGGAUAAGGGAGAAUCAUCAGGAGUUUUUACUGAAUUAUGCCGAAAUUGGAAAUGAUACAACCUCUGCUGAUGAACUUCAAGAAGAGCAUCGAAAUUUCCAAGGCAGUUGUAUGAGUGUUUACACCAAUAUCAGCCGUGUGCUAGAAGUGGCUGACCAACUGAGCGAGGCUGUACACUAUGAAUCAGACAGAAUCGAAGCUUUAGCACAGGCUGUUAGUCGCGAGUGGAAAUCAUUUGAUAUGAACAUAAAUCAGCGGAGUUGUUUGCUAGCAUGCUCAGUUGCAUAUCACAAACACAGUGAAGAGUUUCUUCACAAUGUGAAACUCUGGCAAGGAAAGCUUCAAAAUGAUGAAUACCUGGAUAUCAAGGAAGUUGCUGAAGUAGAAAACUUAUUAACAGAUCUAAAUGAUUUACGGCAAGAAAUUGAAGAUUCAUUUGAGACUGUUAGCUCAGACAGCAAGGCACUGCUAGCAGAACUCCAAAAAAAUCCUGUUCAUGUGGAUAAUCAGUUUCUGAAAAAUCCUCAGUUUUCUGAAGAAGCUGGAUCCCAUGUGAUGGACAUUUACCUGGAAGUUCACGAGCAGCACAGACAAUUAGGAAUGUUAUGGGAAAAGCACAAGGCAAGACUUAAAGAAUAUUUACACCUGUGUAUGUUUGAUCAGGACAGCUCCCAGGUUAUAAAAUGGAUUGAGGAGCACGGAGAGACAUUUCUGUCCAAACACACAGGUGUUGGCAAGUCGCUUGUUAAAGCAGAGGCUCUGUUGAAGAGACACGAUGAGUUUGAAAGCAUUGCACAGAAUACCUACACAAAUGCAGCUAAACUACUCGAAGCCGCGCGCCAUCUGGCGAGUACAGGGGAGUGCAAUCCGGACGAAAUACAGAAGCGCGUUGACUACUUCGAACAGCGCGUCCAAGAGUUUAUCAGUCGGGUGAACAGACGGAAAACUUUGCUGAAAUUAGCUGUCAAUUUCUAUUCCCGGACACAAAAGCUCUCUGAACUGGUGGAGCAGCUAAAAGCGCAGCUAGAGCUCGAAGAGGUUUCCGACAAUCCGGACAACAUUGCUACUGUGUUAACGAACUUAAAACACCAGGGGGAAGCAACCUUGGAUUCGAUUCACACAGCCAUUGAUGAAGGAGAAACGAUCAUCGAGGAACUCAAGCUUGCCAGCUCUGAUGGUGUGGACUCGAGUUCGCUACAGCAUGUGGAGAAAGUUAUCAAAGAACUUGACAGAGUACGGAGAGCCAUUGAACAUUCAUGGACGCGAAGGAGACAACAAUUAGAGUGUUGGUUACAACUGCGGGAAUUCGAGAGAUCUGCAAAACUGCUGAAAGAUCGUCUGGAAAUUUGCGAGGAGCAUUUGGAAAAAGGAAGUGUCGCCCUGGAUUUACCUCGAGCAAAACAGUCGCUCGCCCAUCUUGAGGAGCAAAUGAAAGACAUUGAAAAUGCCGCCAUGAGAACGUUUUGUCGCGGCGAGGAACUUAUAGAUUAUUUAAAACAAUCCGAGAUAGAACUGCGCGUGAAGGAUCCGUUAACGUUAGAGAACAUAGACGCUCAAUCGCACAUUCAUAAUUUACUAGAAGUUUUACAUCGCAAAAGGAGAGAUCUACGGGAUCUGGCGGAGGAGAGAAAGAUAAAACUGGAACAGAAUUUGCUCUUACGCCAAUUAGAGAGUGAUGCAAAACAGGUUGUCGGCUGGGUACGGAAUGGCGAGGCUAUGCUUUACGCCAGCACCGAACUUGGGACAUCACUCGUUGAGGCAGAGGCUCUUUUAAGAGAACACGAGGAAUUUCAGAGAGCCAUUGAGAAAACAUGUCAAAGUGCCACUGAAGUUCGGCAACGCGCCGACAAAUUAAUUAAAGAUGGUCACUUUGAUCCUGAGGCCAUCCGGAACUGCGCGGGAAGUAUGAGUAGACGAUGGGAACUGCUCAUGAGCAAGUCGGAGGAAAGAAGGAAAGUUGUCACGGCCUCGUACAGCUUCUUCAAGUCUGCAGAUCAGGUGUCCAUUUCAAUGGACCGCCUCAUUCGUGAUUACAAACUAGAAGAGGGAGACCCAUGUAGUAAACUGAUCGAAACCGAUUCGAUGAAACGCCUGGAAGCUAUGAAAGCCAUCGUCCAAAGCUAUGACGAAGACAAGGAAUCCAUCGCCACAGGCCUGCUGGACGUGAAGCGGAACGCUGACUCAUUUUUGUCUACGAUCGCACCUUUAAGUAGUGAGCGUCCCGACAUAACUAUUGAGCGAGUUAAGGAAUCACAAGAACAACUCAAAGCGCAGGAACAACAAGUGUUAGAAGUUUGGAACGUUAGACGGACGUUAGCAGAUUACUGUUUGCAGUUUCUUGAGCUGGAACAGUGCGCUAAAGAGGCACUGGAUUGGAUUCAUGAAAAUGGCGAGUUUUAUUUGUCGAGUCGGACGGGAGAAGGUGACUCGGACGCUCAAACAAAAGAGCUUUUAGAUGAACACCAAGAGUUCAAGGAGGCUUCAGAGCAAAUCAGAGAGAGAGUCAAAUCCAUGUUACACCAAGCGGAAACACUGAUAGCCAAAUCCUGUUACCAUAGUGACGGAAUCAGGCAAUGGGCCACGGCAGUUGAGAAAAGAUACAAAGAUUUUGCUCGACGGAUGCAAAAAUAUCGUGCAAAACUCGAGAACAAGCUGGGAUAUACUGCUUCGGAACACGAGGAUGAUGUGGAAUGGCCGAGCCUGCAGUCGUUACACACACAGGGCCAACAACAACAGCAAGCGUUUGCUUUAAGGGAGACUUCUAAGGACAGCGGUAUCCAUGAAAUGACUGAGGAAAAGAGACGCUCUGCCGCCAUGUCUAACAGCUCUGAAGUUCCACCUGGUCUUGCGGGAAAAGAAAGCAUAAUUUUUGGCAACAUCGAGGACAUUUACAACUUUCAUAACAGCACUUUUCUGCAAGCUCUAGAGAAGUUUGAAACGAAUCCUGAGAACGUUGGAGAUGCGUUUCAGGAAUGGGGAGAAUCGUUUGUUGGCAUGUAUGUGGCCUAUUGCAAGAACAAGCCUUUCUCAAACUCCCUUCUCAUCGAGCACGGAGGGAGCUUUUUUGCGGAUCUACAAGCUAGCUAUGGGCAUGGUUUAUCCAUCUCUGCAUAUCUUAUAAAACCUGUUCAAAGAAUAACCAAAUACCAGCUACUUUUAAAGGAUCUUCUGACGUGCUGUGAAGAGGGAUCCGAGUGUAGUCUCCAGGCGGGUUUGGAUGUGAUGCUAAGCGUACCGAGGCGAGCUAACGACGCCAUGUACGUGAACAUGCUGCACGGAUACGAUGAGAACAUUGAUUCUUUAGGAAAAGUUGUGUUACAGGACUCUUUCACUGUCUUUGAUCCAAAGCAGCUAAGAAGAAAGGGAAAAGAACGCCAUAUUUUCCUCUUCGAGCAAGCGUUACUUUUCAGCAAGGAGACCAAAGAUGCAGAUGGAAAAAUCAAGUAUCUUUACAAAAACAAAAUGAAGACCCCCGAGUUAGGAAUAACAGAGCACAUUGCAGAGGAUUCUUGUAAAUUCGCUGUGUGGACGGGAAAACCUCCACAGUCUGAGGAUAAACGCGUCAUGAAAGCAAGAUCUUUGGAAUGCAAGCAACUGUGGGUGAAAGAACUGAGGGAAGUCAUUCAGAAUUUCCAGUUUGGUACCCUUAGAGAGAGAACGACCUCCAUGACGAGCUCGACUAGUUCUGUGACAACUACUGCCUCGAUGAAGAGCCGCGAGGAGAAAGCUGCUGACCGGGAAAGUGGUGUUAUAGAAGAUGAUACCAUCUCGGGCGACUUCGACAACUUCCCUGAAGGAAAGGUGUUGGAAUACAACGAUAAUGUGUGGUCGGUCACCGAGAAUUAUAAGGCAGGAAAUGAUGAAGAGAUCUCACUGAAAAAAGGUCAGCUCGUCGAAGUCCUUGUUAAACCACAUGGAAGCUCCCGCUGGCGAGUUCGCUUGCUGUUGAGCGAAGGAAUUCAUCCCUCCGAAGGAUGGGUUCCACAUAACGCGUUAAAGCGUUCAGACGAGCGAGAUACGAAGAAGAAACGGCAUUCGGACAUCUCCCAUUCGAGCAGCGAAGAUUCUGUCUCUUUGUCUUCGUCUGACAGUCCUACCACUUCUUGGUACCAGGGCCAACCCACCAAUAAUAAUGGUAGCUCGCCCCCAGUCCGCCGACGAUCCAAAUCGGGCCCUCAGCUUUCUCUUAGAAAACGCUCGUGGAGUAAAAUUAAAAUGAGCAAUAAACCAACCACUGACCAGUCUCCAGGAACACCCACACGGAUGCCAAAGGGGGUCUCAGGGGGUGGGUCUAAGAAGCUUCAACAACUCCUGGGAGCCAGUGAGAGUGACAUCGAUCUGCUAGUGAGACCCGCUGAGAUUGUAUCUACGCAUACACAUAGGAGCAUUCCGGAGGAGCUGAGUGAUUCGCACAAUGGCGGUAAUCCUGAAGGAACAGCAUAUCUGCCUGUUCAGCCUUCCACAAGCGAAGGAGAACUAAAACUUCAUCUUAGCGAUGACGAGGAAGACGAUGAUGACGUAGAAGAUGACUUUGAGAAUGAGUACGACAAAACACCGGAAGAGGAAGAAGAAGAAGAAGAGCCACAACUUCCGGUGGAGCACGAUGAUCCACAAGAGGAAGAAGCCGAAGACGAAGAACAAAUCGGAGGAGAGGAGACCGAGGAACAAGAGGUCGAUAUUGCGCCAUCUACGCCAACCCAAGAUCAUGAAGACCCUGAAGCUGUGGCGCUCAAGAAAAGAACAUUUGUGUUAAAGGAACUGAUUCAAACAGAAAAAGAUUAUGUCAAAAGUCUCGGAGAAGUUGUAGAGGGUUUCAUUGUUGAACUUGCAAAGCCAGAGACGCCUGAAGAACUGAAGGGAAAAACGAGGGUGUUAUUUGGCAACAUACAACAAAUCUACGAGUGGCACAAGAACAAAUUCUUAAAAGAACUGGAGAAAUGUGAGGAUGCACCUGAGAAGCUAGCCUCUUGCUUUUUAACGUCUGAACGUUACCUCAAAUUUUAUAUCUUUUACUGCCAAAAUAAACCCAAGUCCAUGAAUCUUGUCCACGAAUUCCGUGAGACAUAUUUUGCGGAAGUCACCGAGCGUCUCGGCUAUCGACUUGGCAUUGAGGAUUACCUGAUUAAACCGGUUCAACGAAUCAUGAAGUACCAGCUCCUCCUCAAAGACUUUGUCAAAUAUACAGGCAAGGCGGGACUGGACACUACAGAACUCAAGAAAGCUCUGGAUAUGAUGUACGUUGUUCCUAAGAAAGCCAAUGAUAUGAUGAACGUUGGAAUGCUUGAGGGUUACACGGGCAAGAUAGCAGCGCAAGGAACUCUGAUUAUGCAGGACACACUGAUGGUGUCUGAUCCAGAGACUCGUAAACCAUGCAAGCGGCAAGUGUUUUUGUUUGAGCAGCUCAUGAUCUUCAGUGAACCUUUUGAGAGGAAGCUGGAUUGGACAGUGUACAUAUACAGACACAGCAUCAAGGUGAAUCACAUGAAUUAUAUGGAAGGGGUGGGUGAUGAUCAGUUGUCGUUCGCCAUUUGGACCGGUUCAGACCCUGACGCGGAAAUCUUUACCAUGACCGCGAGCUCAGCCGAGAAGAAGAAAGACUGGUUACAAGCACUACAAAAGAUGCGGGAAUCUCAACGAGCGUUUGCUAUGGAAUCGCCUGAAGCGGGGCAAUUUUUAAACCAAGGACACAGAGCGUUAGAAAGACCAAUAGAAUAUCAGAAACAACAAGCCAACGGCCUUCCUCCCGCAUUGACUCCUGGGUCCCCUGUUACGACUCAGGGUCAGGUGACCCCAUCAAGCAGCACGACUCUACCGCUGACCACCUCUGCCACUCGCGGGCACAGCCUAAGCCUUCCUAACACUGGCUCACUAAAGAAAGCGUCACAGAUACCAGUCCCCUCUAGUCAAACCAGUCGUCUUAAGCACAUGAAUCUCAUCGCUCUGGAAACUGCUCAAUCUCUGGAGGACCUGACGUCGCCUUUCUCGAAUACUUCGCGUACUAAAGAACGUUUCGUGGUACUGGAGGAUUUCAAGUCCAAAGACAAAGAUCAUCUUUCUGUGAAGAAAGGAGAAGUUGUGUACCUGGUGUCCAACAAGAAACACGACAAGAACUGGCGAUAUGUUUGUAAUUUCACCGAGGACAAACUCGGACUUGUGCCCGCCAAGAUCUUGAGAAAAGAAGCCAACAACAAUCUCGAAGAUUCAGAAACUCCGAUGUCUCCCAAGAAAACGGCCGGAACAUUUUCAAGGAAAAAGGUUUCAAGGCAUGAGAGUUUUACAAUGGCUAAAAAGAGUAAAGAGAAGAUUCUUCCGUCUAUUACACGUCAUCGGAGCUUUAAUACGAGUGACAACAAAGAUAGACGGACACAAAAGAAACAGAAAGACUCCUAUCUGAAUGCCUUCUCCAACAAGAUAAAACAAAAUAUCGAUAAAUACCGAACCGAAUUGAGUACAGAAAAUGCAAAUGAUAGCGAAGACAUUCCUGUCGCCUCAUCGAAUCAAAAAGGAAACUCCGAAAUCACUUUCAUCGAAGUUCUUCGUGACGUCACUGUUAAAAGCGGCCACCAUUUACGGCUUCAGUGCAAAUUAUCAUCGCUCCCCACCCACCCCCUCACGGUGACCUGGACUAAGAACCAGCAUGCCAUAGAAAAUUACGACAAUAUCAGGCUAGUUAAAGACGGAGUCACAUAUGCGUUGGACAUCACGCAAACGGAGACUGCUGAUACAGGUCACUACAGGUGUUCUGUCACGUGCGGGUCACGCCGCAUCACUUGCUCCGCUAACGUUGCCGUGUUAGGUGUUCCUGAACCUCCUUCGAAACCUUGCGUCAGAGAAAUGACCUCAUCAUCGCUCGUGUUGCACUGGGAACCACCUAAGUUGGACGGGGGUAAAGAAAUCACCGCGUACACUGUGGAGUAUAAGGAGACUGGGGUGAGUGUGUGGCAGGCGGCGGUGCCAUUUGUGGCAGGAAACAGCACGCUAAUUGAUGAUCUUACGCCGGGCGCCACGUACCAGUUCCGAGUCAGUGCUAAUAACGAGAUUGGUAUCAGUCGACCCAGUCCUAUCUCGGAUUCUAUAACACUGGACGUCGAAAGCGACGAUGAAAAAAAGAAAAAAAACAAGAGGAAAGUGCGCUCCAACUCGCGAAGUGAUCCUAUUGUUUGGAAAAAAGAUAUCGAAGAUUAUUAUAACAUUUACGCCGAGCUUGGAAGGGGCCGUUUUUCUGUUGUCAAGAAGAGCGUAGAAAAAGCAACAGGGCAGGAAUACGCCGCUAAACUGGUCAAGAAACGAAUGGUCGGCAAAGAGGAAGUAGAAGACGAGAUUUAUCUCCUUCGAAGACUCAAACAUCCUAAUUUGAGUGGAUUUAUCGACGCUUUCGAUACAACGAAGAACUUUGUAAUAAUUGUCGAACUUCUUGCCGGUGGUCGGUUGUUCGAUCAUCUGGUCGUUAUGGACAAUUUAACGGAGAAAGUUGCCAUAGGUCAUGUGAGGGAAAUACUCGAAGGAGUUCAGCAUCUUCGAGAUCUUUCUAUCGUGCACCUCGACCUAAAGCCGCAAAACCUUCUCCUGGAUGGUGGGCCGUUACCAAAAGUGAAAAUAAUUGAUUUUGGUUGUGCAACGGAGAUUUCCGACUCAGAAUCUGCAGUUAAACAAGUGUUUGGAAAUCCUGAGUGUGCUGCUCCAGAAUUAGUGAACAGACAACCUGUAGACUUCACAACAGAUACAUGGAGUAUAGGCGUUAUUACAUACAUCAUAUUGAGCGGAGUUUCACCGUUUCAUGGGGAAUCAGUGGAAGAAACUUGUCGAAACAUCACAGAAGUUAAAUACGAAUUCAAUCCGAAGCAUUUUGAACCAAUUUCACAGCAAGGAAAGGAUUUCAUCUCCUCGUUACUUGUUAAAAAUUCGAAAAAAAGAGCCGACUGUCAAAAUUGUCUAAAUUCUCAAUGGAUUAAGAUGAUUAGUCCCAGGCCUCCUAGUCCAGUUAGACAAGUUAAACUCAACAUAUCACGGUUAGCGGCCUUCAACGCGAGGAGAAGAAAUCAGCACGACCUUACGCCAUUACCAAUGAAUAAGAACGUCAAGAACACCACGACUGUAUAGCAUUAAGUUUCAAGAAUUUUACUUACGGAUAGAAAGUUAGCCCUCUGUUUCGUCACUUUUGUAAAAAACUAUUCAUGUAAUGAGGAAAUUGUGCACAUUUUCAAGUUGUACAGCUGUAAUAUAUUUUGAGCGGUCUUGUAUGUAAAAGAAUAGGUUAUUUUUUAAUGAAAAUUUAUGAAACCUUUUCAAAACAAUAUGUAAAUUGUAGAUUCGCAUCCAGUCGACCAGUGAGAGGUCGCUGGGACUAGAAAUGUUUAAAGGAGAAGAGAAAUUUAUUGCUUUGUUUUAGUUAUCUGCAGAAUGGUGGAGGUUCCCACCAUUUUCCUAAAUAGCUUUUUAAGGGAAAUAAUUUUUGUUUUCGUGGACAACCAAUUCUUUGCAAACGUUUUAGUUCGAUUUGCUAGUUCGAUUUGCUUGUUUGAUUUCGUGCGACGGUUGUCGUUCAGUUGCAGCGGCGUCGCUUCUGAUGGAUCGGUGCGUUGUGUAACAUAGAAUAUUGUGUAUUGGACGGUUGAGUAUGUAAAGAUGUCGUGGAUUUAUUUUCUGUUAUUCAACGCAAGUCCAAAGAUGCAAGUUUGUUUUCAGUGGUUUUUUAGUUUUUGUAGUACUUCUCUUUUCCCCUCUGUCAGUUUCCUUCACAAACCAAUUAAAAAGAAGCAUUCGUUGGAUUAUUUUUGCGCUAAAUUCCCCUUUAUUACCAGCAAAGAUACUAUUUUCCAGCAUUUGCCAAAUUGCUGGCUUAUUUAUUAACUUAAUGACGAGGUUAAUGACAGAAAUUAUGCAUAGCAUUCAGAAAUUGUUUGAGAAAUAAAACGUGAAGAAUUUA